UUUUUAUCACUUCAUAUGUAGAUAUAGCCUAAUUAUCUGGCAUAUUUGAUUUUCCGGCAUUGCCCCAGUCCCGAGUAUGCCGGUUAAUCGGAAUUUUACUGUAUAACGAGAAACUUUUUCGAUCCAUCGUUGAUCCAUCACUCCACGACGACUCUGUCCUUUCCCUCCAUUCGCCAUUUUUCUCCCUAGGCCUCCUCGAAUGGCCACUUCUUCUUCUUCCUCUCGCCGGGACGAGAGCAGGAUUUACGUCGCGAUGACGCGUCUGUUUUGCUCGUUUUUCCACUCAACCGAAGCAAAAGGGGCCAAGUGUCCCGAUCAUUCAUCGCGAUCAUCGUCAUCGUAGAGAAAUAUACGUGGCGGAACGUGUACAACGAUGAACGAUUCGCGAGGAAGUUUAAUACCUCGAGGCCAGACGGGAGAAAGAAGAAUUAUGGGAAGUCGACCAUCGCCCAGGAUUCGGUUAGCCAUGCAAAAAAGCGAGGAAGAAAGAAACAAGAGGGAAGUUCGCGAAACAGGAUCGAUCACGAUUCGUCUCCGAAAAAUACCACCAAGAAACCCCAACCCAAUUAUAUUCUGAACGAGAAUGUGACCGUCAAUUCGAUCGAGGAAGCUUCUCCCGAAUUGGCAGAGAGGAAGUCGAAGUCGAAGAUUUCGAACGUUUUGUCGGGAACGAUCUUAAAAACGAUGGAUCGAGAAGAUAACAAAUUUCAGCGUUCGUUCAACAAGACUAGAAAAUCCAACGACACCAGCGUGAAAAAUCCACGCGACAAAAAGAGGAGAAAGCAUCCGAAAAAGUACUCGAAGAACGAUAGAAAUUCUGAUGCUUUGGUCCAGGCUUCCAGGAACAAGAGUACUACGAGUCCUUGGAUUUCGUUUACCGCAGACUUUUCGUCGACCACGUCGACGAUGGACGAUGACGAAGUGAAAUCAAGCACACAGAAAUCUGAGUCCGAGGCUGGCUCGUUGUUCAAGGAAUACUACGAGAAGCAUCUUAAAAAAUUGAGAACGACGCCAAAAAUUGACACUUCGACCACAUGGAACGUAUUCUCUUCUUCGGUUAGUCCUGAUUCCUCGGAGAAUGAAAUUGUUUACGAAGAAAAGCUGGAGAAAAACACAGAGAACUUUAGUGAAACUUCGGAAGGUGGUUACACCGACGAAACUAUAAAGUGGAAUUCAAGAGAAAAUACUAUCAUCGACGAUUGGACUGAAAAAUCAACAACCGAAUUCUUCGAAGAUGACGAUAACAAUUCGACGACCAUCGUUGAAGAAAACUCUACAAAACCCAAUUCAGAGGAGGAUAAAUCGGACGUGUCAAAGAUCGAACUAUUCUCUAAAGAAGACCGGACUGAAAGCACGAUGAGCAUCGAAGAAUCAACGACGGAACUUUUGGAAGAAGAGUCCGAAAAGCCAUGUCCGUGGGACGAAACGCUAGUUGAUAAUGCAAUCAAGGAGUUCAAAAAGAAUUCAGUCAGCAAAGAGUCCAUCCACCACUCUAACUUGUCCGUUCAAGUGGAGAACGGAUUGUACGAAUCCAACUCGUGGAACUCGAAGGUCGACGUGAAUUUGCUUAGCAAGGAUAGACUUUCCAACGAAAGGCCAAAGAACUCUUCGAUGAUCGCGGAGCAGACAUUGAACACCGAAGUCGACAGAUGCAAGUCCAAGUGUGCCUUAUUCUGGAAAAAGUACACGAUGAAAAACAACAAGAAGCUGUCGCAAUCGGACUUUGACGAGAUCCUGAAAAGCGUCGAGAAAAUCGAUUCGGGAUUGAUCGAAGAAACUGUUGUGAUUAAUUCCAACGAGAAACGAAGGGAAACACCCUGGUACAGCGCCAAGGCGACCAGAGUGACGGAGUCCACGGAUCUGGUAGAAUUCAUCACCGAUCCUAGCACGAGCAAGCCCAAGGCUGGCAAGAAGAGGCCAAAGGAUGGCAAGAGACGCAGGAAAGACAGGAAGAAAGGGAAAGAGAAUCGUCGCAGAAAUCAGACGUACGCACAGUUUACUACGCCCAUGCAACGCGAAACAACGAUCAGCUUCGAGCAGACGUGGUUGAGCCCCGAAUUUACAUAUUCCACGCGACCUCCGAUUUUCGAAGAGUCUACCACUUACUCCUCCACGACGGGAAACGUGAAAGAGUUCCUGUCGAAGGAGACUGUAGAUCACGAGGGAAAUGAAACCGAGGAAUGGAUGUCGUCCUCCACGUUGGAAAACACGGUGUCCACGGAUUUCUCUACCACCGAAGACUUUUUUCUGAUCUGGGGGCCCAAGAAGAGAGGCAAAACGACCGUCAUGGACCCGGAUGCGACGUCUGAAGAAACGUCUACUAAGAGCUACGUGGAAAAAUCUUCCACCACGGAUGAUGCUAUGUGCGACGAGUCGUCUUUCCAUUGCAAAAUCGGCACCUGCAUCCCACAGAAAAUGGUGUGCGACGGGGUCUUGGAUUGUACGGAUGCCAGCGACGAAUUUGGCUGCGACUAUAACUAUCGUCUAAUCGUGGAAAACGAAACGAGGAAGGAAAAGGAAACCAGGAGACAGCCGGUGACCUGCGGGAAGUUAGAGUUCCUUUGCGACUUUGGGACUUGCAUCGGUAUCAAUCGCGUCUGCGACAGCGUUAAAGACUGUCAGGACGGAUCGGACGAGGCCAGAUGCAGAACAAAAGGUAGAGAAAAGCUGGGUGAACUAGUCGUUGGUGUUCACUGUCGAACGUUUCCGCUGUACAGACUAGCUUCUCCCUUCGUGGGACCGUCAGACUCUGAUCGACAAAGCGUCGCGAUGAACGGAGACGAAAUCGGGGAUUAUGUUCGCUUCCAAAGACGUUGGUACCUGCUGUAUAAAGUGGUGGCUUCGAUACGACCGGAUGUCGUUGGACGAAGAAGAUCUAUGUGUCAAAACUUUUACCUUGUUACGUCUAUUUGUGCUGUACAAAGGCCUUGAAGGGAAGACAAUGAAUGUACUUUUAGGGGUUGUGUUUUUGGAUCGUCCACAGGCCGAGUGCUGGAUGACGCGUUUUCUAUGCAUUCGCUAAGUAUCGUCGUUGCAGUCUUUUUCUUCUUCUUCUGGAAUAGCAAUGAUUUCCAUGUAACCUUCGUGUCCCUAGAAAAAGCUGCAAAGUCGAAAUUAAUUGUGAAUGCACAGAAAGUCACAAAAACUUUUUGAUCCUUCGGAAAGGUUCGCGACCAAAGUAAUGGACUCUGUUCUACGUAACAUGGACAACAACGCGAUCGGUUUGUCAGUACUCGAUCAGUGAAAUCGGUUAUUAAACGUUCGACUAGAACGCGUGGUACUCUAUUACUUUUCCUCGUGAAGCGUCGAAGAUCUUUCUUAGUUAGCAUCAAACGGACACAACAAAAAGUUACACGUUCACUCUAUACCGAACACCUGUACAUAAUCCAUAGAAUAUUCUAACGUUUACCUUCGAGGGGCUUCUUCAGAUCGCUUUAAGUGUUAGUUAGCUUCGAAGGAAUCCCGUGUAAAAAGUUCCACCGUGGUCGAGGAGUCGUGUGCUGUGAGCUGCGGAUGCCCCGGCAGAGAAAUACUCGCUUAAUUGCGCGUAAUCGUUGGUCCUGGAAUGCUGAAUAUGCACUAUUUAGCAACUGGUCUUCCAUGCUGUUACGAACGCACACGCGAACACGGUCCAAGUUUCCCCCCUAAACUUUUUGAGUAAAUUUUGAAUGGAGGCGAAAGGUCACGUACCACUCCCCAGAAAAAGGACUCCGUGUCGACUGUUCAAAAUUUAAUAGAUUUAAAAGAUA